ACCACUCAUCGACGUACUCGGCAACCCAUGCUACUCCCUCACUUACACAUUCGCCCGUGAGCGUCUACAAUCGCGCAGGGACGGGCUUUACAUACGCGCAAAAAGAAUGCUUAUCUUCCUUCGCCGUCAAUAGUAGUAAAUGAGCUCCAAUGGGGACCACACGAGAGACUCCCCAGCGCUGCAUGCGCAGGAGUGAGACGAAGCGAGAGGGAGAUUGGAGAGCGGAGAGGAGCGACGGCGUUCACGUAGUCGACUCCACGCGCCGUCGAAUCCUCGUCAAAAGCCCCGCGAAGUGCGCACCCUGGCGUCAAGAGAGGCCUCGUUCCUUGAAACGAAAACAAACCUCCUGCCUCCGCUUGCCUCUCCUCCCCACCUCUCCCUGCGCCUCUCCCAUCUCCCCGCCUCUCCUCCGCCCGAUCUGCCUAUCCCUGUCUCCCCCUACCUCUAUUUUCCUCUCCCCGCCAUCCCCCAUCUCUCGCUGCGUCGCGACUACGCGCUCCCCCGUGCAAUCGUGAGCGAACUGCAGUGUUUCGACCCUCGCGUGCUGCGUGCGAGCGGCAGUCGCCCGCCAGUGCGUAUAUGGUGCGCGUCAUCUCGUCCUGCCACGGCCAAUUCCUCCGGUCGAACGCGGUGACCGCGUCGCGCGCCUCCGCCGACGGAGCGGCGUCUUCUCCUCCGCGGUGUCGAAGCGAGCGGGACCUCUCGGAGGGGCGGGGGCGAGGCCCCCCCCCCCCCUUCACGGGCCAAGCGAGCGGGGGGUGACCCCGAGAGACCCCCGUUCCCGCCUCCUCCCCGUUAUAUAUUCCCGCCCCCACCCUGGCUGACCGUCGCCCACGCACUCGGUCCGCAGCGCCACCGGCGCCUCUGGGCGCGGAACCUCCUCGUUCGCUGCGAUUGACGCGAGGACUCGACGCAGAAGAGAUGGCGACACGAGAGAGCGGGAGCUGCCGGGGAUGAGGAGGAGCCGAGCGCCGUGAUUCGCGACCAGCGCCGGCCAUCGCUGCUCCAUCCUUCACCCCCUUCUCGCCUCCAUCGCACGCUCUGCGGUUCUCCGAGCGGGCUGAGAACACCCGCCUCGCGGCUCUCUCGCUUCUCGCAGGAGGAGCGGCGACUUCAGGCAGCGGGGCCCACGGGGGGAGGCGGACGCGGCCGAUUCUAAUUGGGCCCGCGGGACAGGAGCGACCGGAGAUCGCUUCUCGUUCUGCUGCGGCCGCUCUUGCUGUCGCUCUUGCUGCCGCUGCUGGUUCGCGGCUAUAAUUGGCGCAGGGAGGGGCCAGGUUCGGUCGCGAGUUGCGUCUGGACUGUGGCGAUCGCGGCGCCGCUGGGACCUGAGACGUCGCACGAGGCCCAACGCGCACGGUUGUGUGGGGGGGGGGGGGCCGCGAGAGAUGAGGUCCUUUGCCCUCGGAGGGCGCUUUGAUAACAGCUCCGCUCCCGGGUCGCUGGUGCCACGCUGACUGAGGCUGGGAACCCGACUUCGACGGACCGAUCGCGCGCUACUCCCCGGGAGCCCCAGACCGGAGACCCCGGAGAGCAGAAAGCGUGGGACCCCCCCCCCCCCCCCACCUCGGCGUGCGCCAUGGUUCUCCUGGCGUGGGCGCUCCUCGUGUGGCUGCAGCGCGCCUCCAGCGCCGACGCGUCAGGCCCGGGAGUUUACGCCCCCCCUGAGGCAAGAAUCGUCUCCACGGGGCAGUCGUGCAAUGGACAAGAUGAGGGUCAGAGCGAGCGCGCGUUCGCCGUGCGCGAGGGGGACACCCUAGAGCUCACCUGCAUCGUCAAGGGUCACCCCCACCCACAGAUUCGCUGGACCAAGACGUCGAGCACGAGCUCGGACAAGUUGCAGGAGAUGAAUCUGUCCAACGAGACGCUGCGCAUCAAGAACAUCACGCGGCAGCAGGCGGGCUACUACUGCUGCCGCGCCGAGAACGGGAUCGGGCAGCCGGCCAUAUUCUCCUCCCGUGUGGACGUUCACUACCUGGACCCGCCCGUGCUCAUGGUCCACCAGAACGUGGGGGAGGCGAAGUACUACCAGGAGCGAACCACCUUCCUGCGCUGCUCCGCCAACUCGAGCCCCCCCGCACAGAUCACGUGGCUGCGCGGGGGCCACGUGGUCAAGCAGGAGCAGGACGACGGCAUCAGCGUCUACAAGCCGCUCUUCGUGAAGGACGAGCCCAUGGUGCUGAAGCUGAAGAACAUGCGGGACAGGGACUACACGACCUACAGCUGCGUGGCGUCCGUGCGCAACGUGUGCGGCAUCGAGAACCUCACGGCGAGUUUCCAGCUCACAAACAAGACCGCGCCCCCGCAGAGCCGCAUCCGCGACGCGGAGAGUCUGGUGAUCAACCCAGGUGACAGGGUCUUCGUGCAGUGCGACGCCGUGGCGGGGUACCCCCACCCCUCCCUCUCGUGGUCACGCCUUGGGGGGCGACUGCCCCCCAACAGUUGCGUCUCGGGAGGGAAUUUCAGCCUGGCGCGGGCGCACCGUGAGGACGCGGGCACGUAUUACUGCGAGGCGUUUAACCGCGUGGGCGACCCCUACCGCCGGCCCGUCACCAUUGUGGUGCGAACUCUGCGCCAGGGCCGCUUUUGGAUCACCCCGGACCCGUACGUAGAGGAUGGAAACAUCACGAUCGGCCGCGGGGUGAAUAUCACGUGCCAGGUGGAGGCCGUGCCUCUGGAGGAACUCACGUACACCUGGUACAAGAACGGGCGCGUGCAGUCCAGCACGGGCCACAUGGUGAUCACGCCCGCCGACGUGGACAUCCACCCGGGCACCUCCAGCCUCGCCAUCAUCAACCUCAAGUUCACCGAUUUCGGCACCUACACGUGCGUGGCGUCGCUCAACAAUUACGCCAUCCCCAACAUCAGCAUCGACGUGAACAUCUCGAGCAGCACUGUGGCCCCCACGGUGACGGUGCCCAGGGGCCGCUCCGUGGUCACGGUGAGGGAGGGCAGCGUGGCGGAGCUGCAGUGCGUGGUGAGCGGCAAGCCCAAGCCCGUGCUGCUGUGGUCCCGCGCCGACCGCGACGCUCCGAUGCCGGACGGGGCACCGCACACCGAGAGCCACGACGGGACCCUGCGCUUCGUCAACGCCACGCGCAACAUGACCGGCACCUACCGCUGUCAGACGGGCCGCUACAAUGGCUUCAAUGUCACCCCCCGCGAGGCCAACGUACAACUCAUCGUGCAGUACCCCCCGCAGGUGGAGCCCGUGGCGAGCGAGAUCCGUCAGGCGCUGGGCCGGCGUGUGUCGAUGCGCUGCGCUGUGCUGCGCGCGUUGCCCGCGAGGCCCCUCGAGUACGAGUGGCGACGCGGGGGCCCCGUGCUGCGCUCGGGCCUCGUCGAGUCCCUGGACAUCGCGAGCCUCUCGGCCGGAGACUACGGCUCCUACACGUGCACCGUGACCAACGAGGCCGGGUCCUCGAGGUGCCUCUUCAACGUCACCGGCCGUGCCUACGCACCAGAGUUCUACUACAACCGGUCUCACCCGAUCCGCACGGUGGGCGGCAUGUACGCCUACCAGCUCGAGUGGACCCAGGCGCUGCCGGAGGCUGUGGACCGCGUCAAGACCUACAAGCUUGAGUACCGCCAGGUGGGCACGUUGCUGUGGCGCAGGGUGACCCUGCAGGCGCAGCCCCUGGGGCGCGGGCAGCUGCACGAGCACGUUCUCCCCGACCUGCAGCGGCCCCACUCCUACCAAGUGCGGCUCACGCCCGUCUCGCAGUUCGGAGAGGGAGACACGGCCGCCUUCCUCGUCCAUUACAAAGAGGACCCACCUCCCUUUCCCUCGUACCCCCUAGAUCCCAACGGCUCGGGAACCCUCACCCCUGCCUCCGCCUGUCAAUUUGAGGAGAAUCUCUGCGGCUUCGCGGCGGACCCGACGGGGACGUUCAACUGGACGAGGCGAAGCCCCCUGACCAGGCCCAGGAGGCCGCCCAACACGGGGCCCACCCUGGACCGCCACAACACCUCGACGGGUCACUACAUGCUCUUGGAGGCGUCGAAUCCGCGCCGUGCCGGGGACAGGGCGCGUCUCCUGAGCCCCUGGUACAGCCCCCCGUGGCGCACCCACUACGGGAAGGUGAACAAGGACAUCUGCCUCAUCUUCUACUACCACGUGUACGGCAAGCACGUGGGCGCCCUCAAUGUGUACGUCAGAGCGGAGGGAGUCCCCGACAGCCGAGUGUGGGGUCGCAGCGGCAACCAGGGAAACGCGUGGCACCACGCCGCCGUAGGCAUCGUGCCCCUGAAACGCUUCCAGCUGGUGUUCGAGGGGGUGCGUGGGAACGGGGAGGAGGGGGACAUGGCCUUGGAUGACAUCUCCGUGAUGCAGGGGCGAUGUGAGCGCUACGUCAACCUCAAGCCCUCGGCAGGAGUAGCCAGUCCCCUGGGCCGCGCGGGGAGGCCCCGCCGUGCCCACGCGUGGCUCGUGGUCGCGGGGUCUCUCGGCAUCUUCCUGCUCGGCAGAUGAUGGCGAGGAGCAGCCCCGUCCAUGCACACGCACGCGUGCACACUUGUACACGUGUGUCCACACACACACACCUACACACGUCGGUUAACAGAGUCCGGGGACAAGCGCUGUAAGCAAGUAGCACCUAUGGAGGCCGGCAUGGCACACGAGGUGAUGGAUCGCCAACGCCAAACCCUCGUGGCGAUGUUUACACAUCGCACCAGGUACUCAUUUGAGGCUGAGUCGACCUAGGAGGGGCCCAGGAACGGUUCAGAUAAUCGUCACUGGUGCUGACCGUGAGCGAGAAUCGAACUCGGGUCACAGGGUUCGUAGCGUAGCGCGCUAACAUUACACAGACACCUGUGCACACACCCCCAUAAACACGUGUGGCACCUACACCUUUUCGGCACACCUGUGCCUACAGCCACAUUGCAUACACACCUGUUGACACACACUCCUCACACGCACACCCUCCUCGCUCGGGGACCACAGCCCGGGCUCCUCCGCACUCACGCCUCCCACCCCCGAGGAUGAGCUCUCACCUGGAGCCCCAGGAGGUUGGACACCAGGUGGAGGUGGUGGUGGAGGAGUAGGUGGGGGGUAGUAUCCCCGCAUUCCCGGCUCCUCAAGACGUCACGCAUUGUCCCCUGCCGUGCGGGAGGCGCUUGCUGGAGGAGGAGGAGGACGAGGGGACUCCACCAGCUGGGAGCACGGAGAGGCUCCACGUGGACAGUGGGGCGAGUGGGGGGCUCCACUGCGCCCGCAGCACGGGGCCUGAUGCCGCUCACAGCUGGAACUGCAAAACGCGCUCCGAGUCGCGGCGGCGGCGGUGGAAAACGGGAGGGGGGUGGUGGUGGGAGGGGUCCGAGAGGGACACGCGGGGCCCCCCGCGGAGUCGUCGCCUGUAUUAAUCUCGCGGUUAUGAGCAUUGAGUGUAAUCCCUGUUAUGAGACAAUGCCUCCAUGUUAUGAAAGUGCAGUAUUAAGCCAUACCUAUGAUUAUUAUUAUUCACACUACGAGUGUUAUGAGUAUUGCCAUGAUGAUGACGGUUAUUGUUAUUGUUGGUACUUCUGGGCAUCACUAAGCCGGGCAAGCUGUGGCCCGUGGGGCCCCCCCUGAGCUUCCCGAGGGUCCGUGGGGUCCCCGAGAAUUCGGGGUCCGGGCGCGUAGCCCCCCUCCCCCCCCCCCCCCCCUGCGCGUCUCGGCCCAUCCAUCCAGGGGAACGAGGCGAGAACGUCAUUGGCAGCGGAGACCACCAUGGCAAUGCCAACACUCACCUGGCCUUGGGACUAGAGCAGUGUUCUUCACGAAUUUUCAGAGAGGGGGGCACUUUCGCCGAUAAGACAUCAUCAGUGUGUGAGGACCGCCACACAUUUGAAAGCAUUGGGGGUUUGACAGCAGCGCGAUGAUGAUUGGGGGGGGGGGGGGUGAUUUCACAUUUGCGUUUUAUCGGGAGCCGCACGUGAGAGGCCGCAGUAAAGGCGCCAAGGGACCUCCAGUGGCCCGCGGACCUUGCAACGAAGAACACUGGACUAGAGCAAUGGGGCCUGGCACCCUGGCUACCGCACAUGGGACUUGUGGUCUAGGACGUGGAGCCUAGGAGCUGUCCUCUGGAAACUGGGAACCGGUCACUUGGACCUAGAAUCCAGGAGCUUGGGACUGCGACCUAGGCCGCGUGACCCGGCCUGGGCGCGCAUUGGCUCGCGGACCAAGCGCCUUGACCCCCGGUAUCACGAAGCUCUGGGGGUGGCACAGGCUAGGGGCGCGGCACCGUAAUGGGCAUGUCCGUUACGGCCCAAGUGGAACCAGGAACCAAUGGAACCCAGUGGAACCAGUGAACCCAGUGGAACCCAGUGGAUCCAGGAUCCAGUGGAACCAGGAGCCAGUGGGACCUAGUGGAACCAGGAAUCAGUGGAACAAGGAACCAGUGGAACCAGUUAAUCCAGUGGAACCCAGUGGAAUCCAGUGAACCCAGUGGAACUAGGGGUGCGACCCGAGUCUCGCAUCUUCAUCCUGGAGCGACCGCUUGAUCCUGAGCCUCGUCGUCUGUAAUAUUAACUGCGAUGGGGGGGGGGACCCCCUCCUUCCCUCUCAUCUUCACCCUCUCUUCUCUUGAAUCUCUCCCCUCCCCCUUUCUCAUCUCUCCCCUUGCAUCUCUCCUCUCACGUAUCUUCCCUCUCAUCUCUGCCUCACCUCUUUAUCUCGCUCUCUGGAUUGCUGCAACACUUUCCACAAGGCUGCCUACACUGCACCAUCACAACCCCCCUCACCACAACCGAAUCUACACCAACAACCUACCCACCAAAUCAACACCGGACUCGCUACACCACACACCACACCCUCUACUACCACAUCCACAUCGACACCACAACCCAUCCACCGCAUCGCUACACCCAAAACUACACUAUCAGACCCGACUCGCCACACAUCACACCCCAACCUAGACCAGCACACCGUACUCACCACACCACAGCCUAGCAACCAAACCCCAACCUUACUCACCACGCAAUCGCGAACCCACCCCUGCCCAGACACCGCCACCCAUCCCUCACCCCCUCCAGGCGUCGCGCCCGAUAAGAAGCACAAUCCGUCCUGACCCACGUCGCGAGUGGCGGCGGAGGAGAUGUACAGAUUUUACACCAAAUCCACAAUAAACACCCCGUGUUUACUC